CGCGGACAGGAAGUGAAGCGAAUCCAAGAGUUCCCGCAUAGAAACGACAGUGACGCCAUGGCAACAGCGCUUCUCUGCGUUCUCUGCGUCGUCCUCUGUGCGACUUUAGCGCAAGACUUCAAAUUAAAGUUUAAAGCUGCGACCAAACCUGUGCGGUUAUUUACCGAAGAGGAGCUGAGGAGAUACGACGGCAGCGAGGAGUCUCAGCCCGUGUACAUGGCCGUGAAAGGAGUCGUGUUCGAUGUCACCAGAGGAAAAGAGUUCUAUGGUAAAGAUGCUCCGUACAACGCCCUGGUGGGAAAGGACUCCACUCGGGCUGUGGCUAAGAUGAGCCUGGACCCGGCAGACCUGACCUCAGAUACUGCCGGCCUCAGCGAGGAGCAGCUCCAGUCUCUGGACAGUGUGUUCGAAGGCACGUACAAGACAAAGUAUCCCAUCGUGGGCUACACGGCGUCACGCAUCCUCAAGGACGACGGGAGUCCGGACGAAGACUUCAAACCAGAGGACCAGCCGCAUUUUCAAAUCAAAGAUGAGUUUUAAUCUCAUUUCCUGUAGUUAAGUCAGAUAGUCUUAUUGUGAAGGGGUUUCUAUUGGCUUUUUUUUACUAUUUUCUGUUUACUUCCAAGUGCAAUAAAUGUAGAAACAAAUAAAAUAUGAAUGACAGAGAGAUUGUAUCCAUAUUUACUUGAACUGGGGGUUUACAUGGUUCUUUUUCAGCUGUGAGAGCUUUAUUGUACAAGUAACAUAAUGUACUCCCUAAAAAACUUUUCUAUACAUAUUUUUGUAUUAAGGUGACAGAUGUUUAAUUUAGUCUCAGCUGUCAAUCGUGAAAUAAGUAAUUCAAACCAAACUUAUCAGAAACAUGAACAAACAUCAGUGUGAUUAAAAACUACCUAAACGACAUUAAACCGUCUUUGGGAAAAAUGUAUUUGAUGUUUACUUAGAUUUUUUCAGUUUGGCUCAUGUCCUGUCUGCUAACAUGGAGGAGGCGGGAGUCAUGACCUGUACUGCAGCCAGCCACCAGGUGGCGAUUGAGACGCUAUUACGUCUGUCACAGUAAUAACAACAAAUACAUUGAACAUAUAUAAACAUAGUAUUUAAUCUAUUUAUCUACGUAGCCCAUGAAGGGGUUAGCUACCACUAACUGUCCUUUUUAUUAUCAAUAGAGAUUAAUCACUAGUUAUAUCAUAUAACAUAAAUUAUAUCUAGAGACUUGUUGCUAUUCAGAAUUGUUUCUGAUUAUUUUCCUGAUUUUCUUUCUGCGCUAGGAUGUUUUUUAAGAAUAAUAAUGUAAUUAAAAGCAGUGAAUCUGAAUGUUGACACGAUCACAAUCGAUCCAUUUGUUUAAAAUGUUUGUACAUUUAUCAAUAAAGUCUUAAAACCUCAAA